CUACCAGAGCCCCAAUCCCGGCUCAUUAAAAAUCUUCUCUAGUCUACCGCGCUACGCUGCUGCCGAGCGUAGUCGCCGACGCCUCACGGCCCUAACCCUAACCCACCUCUCACGCGCGUCGCCGCCGACGCCUCACGGCCCAAACCCUAACCCACCUCUCACGCGCGUCGCCGCCACCAUCGCCGUUCCCAUUCCACCUCGUCACGUCCCUGCCAUAUUCACCCCGUCCGAAACCUUGGACAUUGGUUUCUGAAGGCCACCAGGUUACCUAGAAUCAUCAUGUCAGGAAGAGAUCGCCUGCCGCGUCGUUUUGUCGAAGAUGGAAGGGGCUAUGUUGACGCCCGUGUGGCUGAGGAUCGCAGGGGUCAUCAUCCUGGCAUCCGAGUGGUUGAUGAUCGUAGGGGCCAUCAUGAGAUCCGUGUAGUCGAAGAUCGCAGAACCUAUCCUGCAGUUCGUGUGAUUGAGGAUCGUAGAGCCUACCCUGAGAUUCACGAAAGGCCGCUCAUGAGGGUGGCUCCUCGCUCUCACCCGGAUGUCCUAGAGGAAGAAAUUCAGUUGCACGAGGUUGAUUUCCGCAGGCUUAUGGCUGAUCGUCAUGCUCUAGCUGAGGAACGGAUGGAGUUGCACAGGGAGUUGCAAGCCGGAAAGGAGGAGGUCCGUCACCUUAACAUGAUCAUCGCAGAGAUUAAUGCCAAGAAGGAAGCUUAUAUCAGCGAGCUCGUUGACAAGAGAAGGAAGCUUGAAGCUGAACUUAGAUCAAAUGAGCCUUUGAGAGAUGAGGUUGUGCAUCUUCGUGGUGAAAUCGAGAAGCUCCUUGCUGUUAGGAAAGAACUCUCUGCAAAGGCUGCAUCACUCAUGCAGGAGCUGAGUAGGGAGAGAUCUGAUAAACAACAGCUACCUAUGCUGAAAGCAGAGAUUGAGGGCCUUCAACUGGAACUUACUCAUGCAAGGAAUGCAUGUGAAUUGGAGCAGAAGGGGAAUUUCGAGUUGGUGGAACAAAGGAAAGCAAUGGAAAAGAGUAUGAUUUCGAUGGCACAAGAAAUUCAACAAAUGCGGGCCGAAUUAGCUAAUUUUGAUGGCAGACCAUGGGGCACAGGUGGAGCACAUGGGAUGAAGCUGAGCAGUCCUGAAUCGACCUUCCCUACUCAAUAUGGAGAUAAAUACAAUAUACAUGUGGGAGUUUCUGAGAAAGGUCCUUCGCACCCUCCUGAAUCUUCGUGGGGCACAUUUGAGAAGAACCGUUUCCAGUACCGCUAAGACCCCAGCUGCUACAUUCCGGGGAGAAAGAAUCACCUCUAGGUUGAAUCCUCAGUUGGUCCUUUCCUGUGAUGACAGAAGACGUAUUUGUUCAUGUGAAGGAGCCGUCACUGCCAGAAAACAGUAAUAAAUAUGGUAAUGGAGAUAACUGUUGCCUUUCUGAUGCUGAAGGUUCUAUGCCAGUUAACUGAUACAUCUAGAAAUGCGCUCUUCUAAAACAUAAUAUUUUCUAGACAUCCCUGAAAAGAGAUCAAGAUGGAUUAUCAUACCAGUUGGAGAUAUGGGAAAUGGUUAAAUCAGUCAAGAGUGCCCUAGCAACACUUGGAAGGUCUUGAAUGUGGGCGUGUGGGUGAUUGGGUUCAUUUGCAGGCAUUAAGUUUUGUUGUGGUUUUGGGGGAAGAGUGAACUUGUGCCAUAGAAGUUUCUGGUUGUCUGGAAGCCCCUGUUCUGUGUCACUGUCGUGGUAAUUUCCUUUCUCCAUAGGGAAGUUGAAAAGAGAUUCUGCUACAAAUUGUAUAGCAGUGAAGCCCCUGUUGGUGGAUUGAACUGCGCCUGGCCAUCAUGCUUCCAGUUGCUGCAUUUGGAUGUAGUCACCAGUUUGUCCAGCAGUGAAGCGCAAGUCAGCAUAGCUGUCUGAUGCUUAGAUGUCAGGAAUAAAAUAAGUUGCUCCCUACAUGCGCUGGAGGCAAUGAAAACAUGAUUUCAGAAUCCUCCAAGGACUCACGUUAUGCUGUUUUGAUGAUCAUGAUGUUGGUAAGGUGGCAACCUACACAAACAAAGUCACUGACAAGCCCAUCUGAAUGUUGGACUCAAUGAUAAGGCAGUGCAACAAGUCAGGACCCUACGCACAGAGUAGUGAACUUCAUAUGUUUGAAAUUACGAGCAUGAUUUUGCCGCUCAAGAGUUUUGCUGAAAAUGAAGAUCCUGCAAGUCACCUGUUGUGCACAUUGGGAGCAUAUUUCUUGGAUGCCCAGGAAGGUUGUUUGACAAGCGGAGGAAGCAUGUAAUUGAUCUUUUUGGCAGCUUUUCUCCACCACCUAUCUAUGCAUGGUGAGAGAAGUUAUGGUAUCAUGGCUGAAUUACAGCUUAGAAUGUUGUCUGUAUGAAUAGAAGCCCUGGUCUUGGAACUCCUGGUGAAAAAACGGAUGCCCUUGUGCUCCAUGCCGUACCUCGUUCAAACAUUAUGCUUCCGAUGUUUGGCUUUGGGAGGCAUACCACUAUCAGGUCAGGUCUGUAUAUUCACUGCCCUGGACUGAAUCCAUCCUGAACAUCCUCAAGUCUA